AUGGUGGUAGUCUGCCAUAGCCUGGGAGGAAUCAUAGUCAAACAAGCUUUAUGCGUCGCCAACAAACAGUUCCAUCGUUAUGGGUCAAUCGUCAAUGCUUUAGCCGGUAUCAUCUUUCUAAGCACUCCGCACCGCUACGCUGACAAAACUGCGUGCGUGGUACAUUUCCGCGAAAUCUUGGAAUCAACAACAGGCAGAGGAUCAAAGGUCACAAACGCCAUUAUCGAGCGAGAAGGUGCCAUUCUGCUCGACCUUGCAGAUAGAUUCGAAGGAAUCUCACUUCGCACACCCAUGCUAUCUGCCUAUGAGCUGAGAGAGUCUAGAAUCAGUUCAACGCCCCUGCGUUCAAAGUACCAACAGUUGGUCAACCGUGAAGUCUGUUUGACUCAUUCUCCCAUGGAAACCGUCGUUGGCUUAAACCUCGACCAUCACAAUACAUGUGUUUUCACUGAAAGCGUCGGUGGUGAAGGCUUACGGGAGUUGAAUGAGUUUGUGCACAAAGUCUCGGUAGAUGCUGUGCAGCUUGUUGCACUUCGGCUGAGAGAACAGGAUUACCAGUACGCAACAAUGAGCGCUUACUCGCCUACGAUCAGCGAAACACCACUUCAAAUCGAGCACCUGGAUCUCUCCGAAAACCCUUCCAAUACAGCCACGGAAUGGCCUUCGAAUGGAGCAACAGAAGGGACUACACCUUUGGGGUUUGAGUUGGUUCAUUCCGCAGCCCCGAACACCGAACCGAAAAAAUAUGUCCAUCUACCUUGCGUAUUACUCAACACAAAUCCGAAAAAUGAGAACUUCUGCGGCCGUGAAGACAUCUUGGCACGUCUUGCGGCUGAGCUCUUGCCUUCGAAGAGUAUAGUGACAGCGUCAGGCACGGCUCUACAGCAGUUUGCAAUUUGUGGAUUUGGAGGAAUUGGGAAGACUGAAAUAGCUCGUGAAUUCUGCCGCCGACAUAGAGCUGCCUUUGAUGCGGUGUUUUGGGUGACAGCAGACGAGAUUGCAAAACUCGACCAUCACUACCAGCAAAUAUCGCUGGCAUUGGGACUCGAAGACUCAUCGGAGUGCAAGAGCCAGGUUGUCAGUAGAGAGAUCGUAAAAGGGUGGCUCUCUAAUCCUCAAAAGCAGCUAUCUGGGUACGAUGAGCUUGGUCAGCCCGAUCAAGCGAGGUCAGAAGCGACUUGGUUGCUUGUGUUUGAUAACGCAGACGAUCCAAUGAUCCUGGCGGACUACUGGCCUCAGGGCAGUGGAUCAAUUCUUAUCACCAGCCGUGAUCCAUUGGCUAAACGCAUAUUUACAGGAAGGACAUCAGGAUUGGAUCUCGGACCAUUGACACAACAGGAUAGUUUGUCGCUAUUCAACCAUCUUACACCCAUUUCCAACGAAUCCGAGACCAACACUGCGAACAAAAUCUGCGAAGCACUAGGCGGUGUGCCUUUGGCCAUCUCACAGAUGGCAGGAGUCAUUUGCCGACAGGACUUGACCUUGCCUGAAUUUCUUGAGCUGUAUACAGAUCAUGAAGAACAUGCCAAUCUUUAUGAGACAAAGUUCGAUGCUAACUUGAUCACAUAUCCUCACUCUCUGUCCACUGUUUGGGCGUUUGAGAAGCUAAAGCCUCAUGCGCGGCAGCUGUUGGAACUGAUUUCGUUUCUCGACCCGGAUUUUAUUGGAGAGGAUCUGUUGAUUGAAGCAUCAGUCAUGUUACUUUCGGAUGGCGCGCAGUUCAGGAAGAGUGCUUAUAUUGAGGCUCGGACUGACAGACUCCGCAACAAUCAAUCGGAUCGGCAUGAUUGA